CCUGUAGGACCGUUAGAGAGACAUGCUGCUUCAACGUCCACCAUUUCAGCCCGGAAGUUUGGUCAUUUGUUUAUACAUUGAUUGAUAACCCUUUUUUAUGUAAUUUUAUUUAUUAAGUGAUAUUACAUGGUGUGAACACCGGGCCAAGUUGUUAAACUGUCUGGCAAGAAUCACAGUUGAAAGUGGACUUCCUGGACAGACGCCGGUUACAGCUGCCUGUAGACGACUUGAGUGAGAGCUAUGUAGCUAUCCUGGCUAGCGGUGGGCUAAUAUCAUACAAGGACAACAUGAGCUAGGUGCUACAACUAGCUAAGAUAGUUAACUAGCUCCUACUCGCAGUGAGGAGACGGGAAACGCACCUGUUGGACAGUUACCACUCAUGUGUUACCAAUAGUUAACAUGUCGAAUCAGCACCAGCCGGCUUUCCCGAUCCAACAGCUGCCUAAUCUGAACUCUGCUCCUUUCCCACAAUUUUUUGUGAAACCUUUUAACAAUCCUCUUCAAAUCAAAAGGAAUGUAAUAACAGACGAUUACAGUGUAACAAGGCAGGUGCUCGGGAUGGGAAUAAAUGGCAGAGUGUUGGAAAUAUUACACAAAGAGAGUGGAGAAAAGUAUGCACUAAAGAUGUUGCACGACUGUCCAGAAGCCAGGCGGGAGGUGGAGCUCCAUUGGAGGGUGUCACCUUGCCACCACAUUGUACCCAUCAUAGAUGUUUAUGAGAAUCUCUACCAGGGCAGGAAGUGCCUCCUCAUCGUGAUGGAAUGCAUGGAUGGAGGUGAAUUAUUCAGUCAUAUCCAAGACAGAGGGAAUCAUGCAUUUACAGAAAGAGAGGCCUCUGACAUCAUGAAAAGUAUAGGAGAAGCAAUACAUUUCUUGCAUUCCAUCAACAUUGCUCACAGAGACAUCAAGCCAGAGAACCUGCUGUACACAUCCAAAAGGCCAGAUGCCAUCCUCAAGCUGACAGACUUUGGGUUUGCCAAAGAAAUCACCACAUUAAACUCUUUAGCAACACCAUGUUUCACCCCCUACUAUGUUGCUCCAGAAGUUCUCGGUCCAGAGAAGUAUGACAGAUCCUGUGACAUGUGGUCUCUGGGUGUCAUUAUGUAUAUCCUACUUUGUGGAUAUCCUCCCUUUUUCUCACAUCAUGGUCUGGCAAUAUCCCCAGGAAUGAAAAGACGGAUCCGUAAUGGGCAAUAUGAGUUCCCCAACCCAGAGUGGUCCGAUGUGUCUGAAGAAGCCAAACAGCUGAUCUGCCACUUACUGAAAACUGAACCCACCCAGAGAAUGAGCAUCACAGAGUUCAUAAACCAUCCCUGGAUUAAUCAGUCAGUCGAGGUCCCACAAACUCCUCUUCACACCAGCCGCGUGCUGCACGAGGAACAAGAUGUCUGGGAGAAGGUUAAAGAGGAAAUGACAAAUGCCCUGCAAACGAUGAGAGUGGACUAUGAUCAAAUUAAAAUCAAAACUAUUGAAGACUCAACUAAUCCUCUACUAUUGAAGAGAAGAAAGAAAAGUAAAAACUCAGCCACACAGACUCCAGGCUAGUGAAGUAAAGACUUUUUAAGAGGUAUUCAGUUUCACACAAACACACACAUGCAUAAAAUUUUGUAGGAAAAAAGCCUUCAAGAGGAGCUUUAGGGACGUUGUGCAUUGUCAAGUGGCUCUAAAAUAAUGCUUUUAUAGUAUGUUUUUACCAGUUAUUAUUUUUUUCUGUUAAAAUCAAAAUAUUUUAUUUUAAAACAUUAAAUGCACCUAGGCAUUCUGGUAAAUGUGCUUUAAGCACUUUUGAACUCUUUUAAUGCAUUGAAAAGUAUUAUGUAUGUGCUCUAAGGCUUGUUGUAUGUGUUGUAUAUUAGGACAGUUUUUAUUAUUCUGAUGUAAAUACUCAGCGAGUCAUCUGAGUGAGCUUUGUUGGCUUCAACUUACACACUGUAUUUAAGUUGUUUUUGUCUCUUAGUUUUUCUGUUCUUAGUGUUGAAAAACAUUUUUGCCUUGAGGAUGUUGUUGAGAAAGUUUGCCAGCAUCAUUCACAUUUGUCUAUUGAAUGACCAUUACCAGAAACCACAACUUUUGUUUUGUAUGCUGAUGUGAUGUCAGAAGGUCUCUUGCCACAUUGUAGUAGUGCAGUAUCUAAAAUUUACUUCCCAUGUGUACCAAUAAUCAUGCUAGUUCUGCUUAUGAGACGGGUGAUAAUUGAUUUUGAUGGAGGAAACUGUGCUGCUAACUGGACUCUUCAUGCUUCUGUAGCAUUCAUUUUCUCCAAAGCAGUAAUAUAAAAGUAGUGCAUGAAGUCUGUUGUGUGAGGCAUGGAAAGAAAAGUGGAUGGCAGUAAACAUUUAGAUCAAAGGAGUAGUGACGACACAUACUGUGGAAAAUGUUGCACAUCACCAUUAUCCUGUCUGUCUUUUACUCUGGAUUAAAUCUCUCGAUAUUC